AUAAUUUAACUGCGCGUAAGUCUGAUUGCAUAUAAAAAGCAUCACACCGUCAAGCACUUCUGUAGCUGACUUCCAUUACUUUAUAUCCUCUUAACGCGAUAACAUCAAAUAAUGGACAACGUGCAAAAUAAAACGGCGAUAGUGACGGGCGCUGGGUCCGGUAUCGGUUACCACAUUACCGAAGAAUUAUUGCGAAAAGGCGCGAAGAAAGUCGCCAUUUUCGAUUUGCCGCGAGAAUGUAGUUACAAUGCGACGGUGACUCUGCAAGAGAAAUUUGGAAAAGACCGUGUCAUCUACUUUCCGAUCGAUCUGACAAAUUUGGAAGUGUUCAACGAAACCUUCAAGCAAGCUGUUAAGGCACUCAAUGGACUGGACAUACUUGUUAACAAUGCUGGAAUAUGUUUCGACCGUUGUAUCGAGCAAACGUUUGCUAUUAAUGUCGUAGCACUAAUUCGCGGUUCGGUAUUAGCCAUAGAUUACAUGGAUAAACAAAAAGAUGGCAAAGGAGGUACCAUAGUAAAUAUAGCAUCUAUGGCUGGCCUUGGUUCUUUCGCUGCAUGUCCGGUGUAUAGCUCUUCUAAAUUUGCUGUUGUCGGAUUUGGUCUCAAUCUUGAGAAAUUUUAUGACAAAACUGGAGUUCGUAUUCUGACGAUAUGUCCCAGUUUUACAAAGACGGCAAUGAGCAGUCAAAAAAACAAUCUUCUCGAGUUUAUCGAUGAAGAUGAUAUUACCAAGCUUUAUAGCAAAGAAUUUUUUGACAGUCAAUCUGCUGCUCACGUGGGACAAUCUGUAGUCGUGGCCAUUCAGAAAGGUAAAAACGGAUCGAUUUGGAUUAUUCAUCGUGGUGAGACACCAUAUCCAAUAAAACUACAGCCUUUUAUUGCCGCUUAAAUGUGAAAAUCUUCGCAUGUCAGAGACUUUAUAUGUAUCCCCCUCUUCCUCGCAUAAAAGUCAGAAGAAAACUUUAUCCUCGGAAUCAUGAAUAACACGUUUGUCACAUCGACAUAUAAAAGCACAUUAAUUAUAAAGCAAAUAAAUAAAUAAUACAAUGCAAUACAAACUAUAACUAAAAUUAUAAAGUCUCAAUUCCUGCUUAUAACGCAACGCGGAAAAAGAAAUUAAUUUCCGUUGAAGCGGUAAUGAUACAAGGCAUGAAAAUAAAGUUGAUAAAUCCAAGUGUAAUAAUAAAAUAUUAUAUAGAACACA